AUGAAGGGUCUGGAGAGUAUACACGAUAUUCCAACGCUUAUAAAUCAGUUUAUUGCAAGUGCAGAUGAUAGUGAUGUUAGCAUAAAUUAUAGUAAAGAGUUAGCGGAACUUAUCGAAAGCGAUGAAAUGACCUUGUUGAAAUUUAUACAGUCAUUAGGACCAAGUCUCACUUCAGACAGUGAUUUGAUUAGAUUAAAGUCAAUUCAAUGCAUGGCAGAAACCUUGAAAUGCUUGAAGGUUAAUAAGUUAUCUAAACAAGAUGUCAAUGUUCUAGUCGAGUUUUUACUAGCUAAAUUUGAAGAUAUAUACUGUUUGGUUCAUAUUAUAUCAAGUUUGAACUCUUUAAUUCUGUUCAAGAACUUUAUUUUUGGUAUGAACAAUAAUGUGGAAAAGUUAUUAACGAAUAUUUUAAACAAUUAUAACCCCAAGAAACACUUGGCCAAAGUUAGAUACGAGCCAUUCAGAACUUUGAAUGCAUUAGUCACUAUUGAUCCUGCUUAUUUUCAGUCGUCUUCCCAGUUGUCACAAUUAAUGGUGAAAACAUUUAUUCAUAUUGCAAGUGGCGAAAAGGAUCCAAGAAAUUUAUUGUUGUCAUUUGAUACUAAUACCAAAAUUAAUGAAAAUUUUGAAUUUGAUCCGUUGAAUGAAGUUCAUAAAGAUCUCAUAAGUGAAUUAUUUGAUGUUUGCUUUUGUUAUUUUCCUAUAUCCUUUAGUCCUCCACCUAACGACCCUUACAAAAUCACUGCACAAGAUUUAAAGUUGAAAUUAAGAAAUACUAUCGCCUCACAAAGUUACUUCGCCAAGGAAUCUUUUGCUGACUUAGUUGAAAAGCUUACUUCAACUAAUCCAGUAAUAAGGAACGAUAUUUUGAAAACUUUGUUACUUUGUGUUGAGAAUUACACGUUAGAAACUGUUGCAGAAUAUUGGGUAACAAUCUGGAACGCAUUAAAAUUUGAAGUCUUACAUAAUGAUGUAUCAAUUUUCAAGCCUUAUAUUGAUGUGAUUAUACCAGAAGACUAUGAUGAAGAAAUUGAUGAUUCUGAUGAAUUUAAACCAUUAAUUACAACUUUAGUUAUCAUAAAGAAGUUAGCUAGCAGGAUGACUGAUUUCGGUGAACUCGAGAACUCGUUAACCACUAUAACUAAUGAGUUAAAAAGUAAUAUUACUACUAUCAAUGACAAAACGUUCAAACAAUCAGUAGUGAUAUUAAGUGUCUUGGCUUCCGACUCAAGUGCUGCGUUCAAUUUUAUUAUCCAGUUUUUAUUCUCCCAAGAAAUAUGGGGCAAAUAUAUUAACGCUGAAGAUGAUUCUACAACAGAGGAACUUUCAAGCGAGCUUGAUAAGACAGAAGAUUUAGUUUUAAAUACUUCUAAACAAAAAGAGUUGAUAGAUAAUUUGGGAUUUGUUUUGACUUCAUACAAUGUUUUAUUGAACAAUUUAGAAUCGCAAGAUGAAUUCAUUGAGAAUAAUUAUUUGAAGUCAUACAAAGAUCAUUUAUUGAUUUUUAUGGGCCAACUUUUACAAACUUCUUCUAAUUUGGAAAAAUCCUUAAAGUGCAAAGUUAUUCAACAGUUAAUAAAGUUGGCUCAAUUAAAAGAAUUUUUGAAUGAGCAAGAGUGUACAUUGAUUCUUAAUUAUUUUAAAGAUAUUUUGUUAAGUUCAGCGACUUCAAAGUCGAAAAAUUGGGAAAAGGAUCAAGUUACACAAGAAAUUGUAAAUGGGUUGAUUAAACUCAUGAGCAGCGAAGAGACCUCGAGAAAUAAUAAAUCUUCUUUAGUUAUAAACUUGAUACUCCCAAGCUUAUUAGAAGAAUUGUCUUCCACGGACUCUUUAUCUGACUUCAAAAAGCUUUUAGAAAUAAUUGGUGGAUUGUGUACUAAUUAUCAAUUUUUAGAAGUUCUAUCAAUAAGGCUUUUGAAUAGAUUAACCAACUACGAAGAAUUUAAGAUUGAUCAUGUUGAAUUUUUCAAAAAUAUAAUCAACUUAUUGGUGGAAUCGAUUAAAAAGAUACAAGCAACAAAGCAAUUCUUGAUGAAUUCAUGGUAUAAGAACUUUAUUCCAAGAUUCAUAAAUUGUUUACUAAAAUUUUUGAAAGUGAAAGAUGAUCAUAUUGUAAUCGAGUUAUCUGGAGACUUAAUUGGUUUAAUUGUGAAAUAUAAUGAUAAAUCGAAACAUCAAGAGAUUUUGGAUGAUUUCGUAGGUAUGUUUUUACUUGAUAAAACAAAGCCUUUCUAUAAUACUGCCAAUGUUCUUCAUCAGCAAAAUCCCUUAAUCAAUUUAUUUAACAAAAUUCUCGCAAAUAUCGAUAAGACAUGUGGGCUUCAACUUGGUGAGGCUUAUACUGUAAAUGAAUUGAUAGAUACAGUAAUCAAAUUGUGCCAUUCUAAGGGUAAUGAAUAUUCACGAUUAGGAUAUUUGCAAAACUUGUCACUUUUGGUGAAUAAAUUUAUGCUGAACAAUGACUUCAUUGAAAAGAAAUUGCAACUAAUUUUUGAAAGUACGUUGAAUGUUUCCGAAUCCAACGCUGUUUUAUUGCAAGACCAAAUUGAGAACUUUGAAAUCAUCAUUUGGAUUCUCAAGUCGUUAAUUUUAAGAAUUGAUACGCUUGGGGUUGAGUAUUUAAAUAAAUUGAUGUCGUUAUUGUCUUGCGAAAAUAGACAAAUACAACAGCUAACUGCUAAAUCAUUUAAUAUUCUAAUGAUUGACUUACCAAUAUUCACUAAUCAACAAAUUGGAAGUAAAACCAAAAUAAUAUCAAGUGUUCAAAAUUUGAAUGUUAGAUUGUUGUACAAGCAGAAAGUAUUUGGAAUAUUGUUGCCGCAAAUAAUUGAAGGGUACAAGACAUCUAAUACCCUUAAUAAAGAAAAUUAUUUAAUUUCUUUAUCCUUGAUAUUGAAUAAUGUACCACAUAGCAUAUUAAAGUCUUAUUUAAAUGAAAUUUUACCCUUGAUUUUGAAUAGUCUUAACUUACAAAAUCCAAUUAUUUUGAAUGCUUCUUUAGCAACUUGUGAUAUAAUCAUUGACGAAUCUCCAGAUUUAAUUAUUCCACAUUUGUCGACCUUGAUUCCUAAGUUAGUUGGCUUAUCAAUAGGUAAAAUCGUCGUUGAUGGAAGCUUGGUUAAUAAUGAAGAUGUGAGACUAAUCUCAUUGAAAUGUUUACAAAAGAUAUUUUCUAAUAUUGAAUUGAAGUAUGUUAUACCCUUCCAAAAGUCAACACUAAAUAAAUUGACUCCUGGUCUAGAUGAUAAGAAAAGAACUGUUAGAAAGUUAUGUUGUGAUGUACGUCAAACCUUGUUUGAAUUAGGCAAAUAA